AGUGGUCUUGUUUAACACUGACGAUCUUUGACGCCCGGCGGCGAAAGGCACAAAGCUAGCUAGCAAGCUAGGCUCAUUCUCGCCGAGAUAGCAAGAGCGCUCACUUUCACUGCCGGUGUCGCGUCGCGAAGAGAAGAGAAGUGAGCACAGACGGAAGCUUCUCUGACACUCACACUGCCGAGCAAGCCCCUUCGAACAAGUUCCAGGCAUGGCAGAGGCUCACCAGGCCGUGGCAUUCCAGUUCACCAUCACGCCGGAGGGCAUCGAUCUGCAGCUCUCGUACCAGGCGCUCAACCAAAUCUACCUGGCGGGAGUGCGAUCGUGGAAAAAGCGCGUCAGCCGCAUCAGAAACCGAGUCAUCAAAGGAAUGUAUCCAGCAAGCCCUUCCUCCUGGCUCUUUGUCGUCAUCGCCAUCUUGGCUACCAUGUACACGCGCUCUGAUCCCAGCAUGGGGCUCAUUGCCAAGAUACAGCAACACCUUCCGCUCAGCCUCCACGUGUCUCUGAGCGCUCAGGGCCAGACGAUGCUUUCGGCGCUGGUUUUCAGCACGCUGCUGUGGCUGUCCCUCAUCUUGGCUCUCAGGUUCUGCCUCAAGCUGCUUCUCUCUUACCACCGCUGGAUGUUUGAGCAGCACGGUCGAGUUUCCAACACCACCAAAAUCUGGGUGACUCUAUUGAGGCUGUUGUCUAGCAGGAAGCCGCUACUCUACAGCUACCAAACGUCGCUACCUCAUCUGCCCGUUCCUGCCAUCAAGGACACACUGAGCAGGUACUUGGAGUCAGCGCGCCCUCUGUUGGCAGAUUCUGAAUUCAAGCGGAUGACACGACUGGCCUCCGACUUUGAAUACAACCUUGGAAAUCGACUCCAACGUUACUUGAAGCUUAAAGCUCUAUGGGCAACGAACUAUGUGAGUGACUGGUGGGAGGAAUACAUUUACCUUCGAAGCCGAGGCCCGAUCAUGGUCAACAGUAACUACUAUGGCAUGGACUUCCUGUACGUGACCCCGACUUGUAUACAAGCUGCAAGGGCAGGCAACACAAUUACUGCGAUGCUCCUUUACCGCCGCAAGGUCAACCGGGAGGAACUCAAACCGAGCCGUGUUCCGGGUACCGUCAUCCCUUUGUGUGCCGCCCAGACUGAGAGGAUGUUCAACACAACGCGUACUCCGGGAGUUGAGACUGACGUUCUUCAACACUGGCUGGAUAGCGAGUUUGUUGCUGUGUACCACAAGGGGCGCUAUUUCCGCUUGUGGGUGUACCGGGCCGGCCGUCUGCUCUCUCCCCGGGAGAUUGAGUCCCAGAUUCAGAAGAUCCUGGAUGACCCUUCACCUCCGCAACCUGGAGAAGACAAACUAGGAGCACUUACCGCCGGAGACAGGAUUCCUUGGUCUCAGAUGAGGAAGCUGUACUUCAGCUCCGGCGUCAACAAGCGAUCUUUGGACGCCAUCGAGAAGGCGACCUUCUUCGUGACCUUGGAUGAUGAAGAGCAAGGCAUGAGGGGAAACGACCCGGCGGGCAAUUUGGAUCGCUAUGCCAAGUCGCUGCUUCAUGGCAAAUGUUACGACAGGUGGUACGACAAGUCCUUUUCGGUUGUGAUCUACAAGAAUGGGAAGAACGGACUGAACGCUGAGCACUCCUGGGCUGAUGCGCCAACUGUGGCUCACCUCUGGGAGUACACGCUGGCCACCGACGCUUUCCAUUUGGGAUACACCGAGGACGGACACUGCAAGGGUGAAGUGGAGCGCUCGUUGCCUCCCCCCCAGAGGCUGAUCUGGGACAUCCCGCCAGAGGUUCAAGCUCAAGUGUGCCGCUCUCUCGCCGUCGCCCAGGCUUUGGCCGACGACGUGGACUGCCACGUCUUCCCCUUCAGAGACUUUGGAAAAGGCCAAAUUAAGAAGCUUCGGGUCAGCCCCGACGCGUUCAUUCAAAUUGCAUUGCAGUUGGCCUACUACCGGGAUCGCGGCGGAUUCUGUCUGACUUAUGAGGCGUCCAUGACCCGUCUCUUCAGGGAAGGGCGGACGGAGACGGUGCGAUCCUGCUCCAAUGAAAGCAGUGCCUUUGUCAAAGCUUUGGAGAGUGGAGAGACGGCCGAACAGUGUCAGCGCCUCUUCAAACUGGCUUCGGAAAGACACCAGAAUCUUUAUCGAUUGGCUAUGACUGGAGCCGGAAUCGACAGACACCUCUUCUGCCUGUACGUCGUCUCCAAGUAUUUGGGAGUGGAGUCGCCGUUCCUCAAAGAGGUUUUGUCCGAGCCUUGGCGCCUCUCCACGAGCCAGACACCCGUGCAGCAGAUGGAGCUUUUCGACUUGAAGAACCACCCGGAAUUUGUAUCGCUAGGCGGAGGAUUUGGACCCGUCGCCGACGACGGUUACGGCGUUUCUUAUAUCAUCGUGGGUGAAGAUAUGAUCAACUUCCAUGUGUCGUGCAAACAUUCCUGCAAGGAAACGAGCUCGCACAAGUUUGGAGGCCAGAUAGACAAAGCGCUGCGGGACAUCAUGAGCGUGCUCACCGCCGACACCAAAAGGUGUUCCAAAGCCGCAGCCCGGCCUUAGCACAAGAAGAACCUCUCAAUGCAGUCCGACGUGUAUGAAUAUGGCCCCGUGAACACAUGCUGAAGAUCCCGAUGGUGUGCAGUAAGUGACCCCCCCCCCAAAAAAAAAUGCAAUGAGUGGCUGAAUACGAAAAAUCAAAACGGAGCUCAAACCAAAUUCCAAAUGGUGCUUAACCGUACUUGAAUUUUACACGUCGUCGUGGGAAAAAAAAAGUAUUUGCCCCCCCCCCCCUUUCUGAUUUCUGUGUUCUGACACACCGUUUCCAGUUCAUCAAAGCAAUUUUAAUAUCGCGCACGGACAACCCCCGGAAAUACAAAAUGCCGUUUCUAAAUGGCCAUUUGAAUUGAUUUUGACCCCCC